GAAAAAAAAAAAACAGGUCUUUCAGGUCAGGGUCAGGUCUUCUUCCAGCAAACCAUCUCCAAAACCUCAGAAAUAGGGAAAAAGUUUCAAUCUUUCUCCUUCUUUUUUAUUUUUUUCUUUUUGUGUUGCUUCUCCUUCUUCCUCCAGAAUCGUUGAUUUCUUUUAAGGAUAAGAAGAGGAGAAGAAGGCGAUUCACAGAUUAGCCCCUCCUCGAGGGUUUUGAGCUCGGAGGAUAUGAAAGGGGCAAGUGGUAUUAAGAAGAAAACCCAGGUGUCGAACGAAGCUGGUGAGGCGGAGACGGCUUUGGAAGAAGCUGUCGGAGAAACCCGGAAAAUAAGUGGUGGAGACGGUGGGUUUGUCAGUGACGACGGCGGAGGAGGAGGAGGAGGAGGAGGAGGAGGAGGUGGAAGUGGAGAGUUGAAUCUUCGCGAGAUGGGUGAUGACAGGCGUACGGAGGAUGGUGAAGAGUAUGAAGAAGAGGAUGAGGAUGAAGAUGAUGGAGGUGAUGAGGAAGAUGAAGGAGAAGGAGAAGGAGGUGGAGGGCAAGAUGAAAGACCAAAGCUUGAUGAAGGCUAUUUCGAAAUCGAAGCUAUUCGUCGUAAGCGAGUUAGAAAAGGCAAGGUCCAGUAUCUUAUUAAAUGUUAUAAACUCGGUUGUGAAAGGCGCGGGUGGCCCGAAACAGCCAACACAUGGGAGCCUUUAGAGAAUCUCCAGUCUAUUGCUGAUGUUAUUGAUGCAUUUGAAGGAAGUUUGAGGCCAGGAAAACCUGGUAGGAAGCGGAAGCGCAAAUAUGGAGGUCCUCAUUCUCAGAUGAAGAAGAAGCAACGUCUAACAUCUACAUCACAUGACGCUACUGAGAAAUCUGACUCUUCUACGUCUCUCAACAACUCUAGCCUUCCUAUUCCUGGUACGCAAGACCUAAGCGGUUCAAGUCUUCUAAAAGGAGAUGAGGAAGCAAAGAAUGCUUAUGCAUCCAGCCAAGUUGAAGCUAACAGCGGGAGUGUUGGGAUGGUCAGGCAAGUUAGUUUGGUUGAAGAUGAGAAAGAAUAUGAUCCAACACUUAACGAAUUAAGGGGACCAGUCAAUAAUAGUAACGGUGCAGGAUCUUCUCAAGGAGGAGGCAUUGGUUCUGAAGGUGAUACUGUAAGACCCAAUGGCCUUCUCAAGGUUUAUCCUAAGGAGCUUGAUAAGAACAGUCGUUUCAUAGGUGCUAAGCGGAGGAAGUCUGGUUCUGUGAAAAGAUUCAAACAAGAUGGAUCCACAAGUAACAACCACACAACACCUACAGAUCAGAAUCUGACUCAAGAUUUGACUACAUUAGACUCUUUUGGUAGAAUUGCAAGGAUGGGGAAUGAAUAUCCUGGUGUGAUGGAAAACAAUAAUUUGUCUCAGAAAACCAAGAUUGAGGAGUUGGACAUCACAAAGAUACUUAAACCGAUGAGCUUUUCAGCAUCUGUAUCAGACAAUGUCCAGGAUGUGUUGGUGACCUUUUCAGCGCUGAGGUCUGAUGGGAAGGAAGUGAUGGUGGACAACAGAUUUCUCAAGGCUCACAAUCCUCAUCUGCUGAUUGAAUUCUAUGAGCAACAUCUCAAGUACAAUCGCACUUCUUAAAUCACUCCGAAAGGUAAGAAUUUGUUUGUACACAGCACCUGUAGGUAGAAAAAGAUUAGAUGGUUUUUUUUGUUCGAGCAACGCAACAUGUAGAGUCGAGGUAGCGGCAAGUGGCUUUUUGUAUCGCGUCUCCGGGAGGUUUCAGAUUGUAUUUAUCUCCUCGGGUUCGUUAUGUUUUACUCUCUAUCAUAGUAAAUCUUGUCACUUGGACUUUUGCUUCUUAUAGCGGAGGUUUUGUUGCACUUG